AUGGUGGAUAAAGUGCGUUUCGCACACGUCGAAACGGCGUCAGGGGCGGAAGAUGCGACGAAGAGGGCUGCCGACCUGGCCGACAAGGCCAUGGAGAUGCUGAGGGGAGGCCGCAUCGUCACACUCCCCGAACCGGCGCAACGCAGCAGGAGCUACCGGGAGCUCAUCCUCCAGGAGAUGAACUGGAUGGCUUGCGACUACUAUCAUGAACGCAGAUGGAAAGUGCACGCCGGGAAGCAGCUAUGCAUAGGCAUCAGGGAUUCGGUCAUGGACCGUAAGAAACUCAACAAAAACUGGAUCGCAAGCGAGUGCACACUCCAUAUGAAGCGGUUCUGGGCUGGCAUAAUUGCAAACGCGCAGCAUCAUGCAGCUGUGUCAGACGAGCUCGCAGAGUACUGCGCCAACAUCGCCAACAAGUAUAAUGACCAGAUGCACACGGAUGCCGGAGAUGUUACGAGGGACUAUGACGUGGGAGAACGUGAUCUAAUAGCCAUCACUGUGCCAGUGGUGAAGCUACAGGGGCCGAAUGCCGCAGCCCUAAAGGUCCGCGCGCAGAAAAACGAGGUGCUUGAGGCCACAAUACUCAGCAUGCAGUCCAUGGGAGCCGACUUUUAUAGGCCUCUUUUUAGGCCUCCGGACGACGAGAUGGAUAUGUUUACGAUGCCGCUCAUGGAUCCGGCGCGUGACAACGACUUCAACGCUCUCCUGGUUCAGAGCUUCUGUCUCAAGCAUUCCAACAGACCGCGUGCGUUACCACGUGCCAAGAGUGAAUUAAAGCCGCCCCAACUGCCACAAGUCAUUAGGAAAUUCCAUAGGAAAGCAAAUGAACCCAGCUGCCUUGCAAUGUCGGCCCGUGACUUCGACAUACAGAUCAAGCCUAAACCCACCUUUAACGGGCACAUGGUUAAAACGCAACUUACGGCGAUAGACUUCGAGCUCCUGGACUCAUGGAUGUUAUCAGACGCACCAUCUUGGCCCAUGCUCGCCAUUUGCCUGACGUACAGGUCAAGCGCUAGUGGGUUGCACCGGCACGAGUACAGCACGGAGUACUGCAGGGAAGUUUUCCUAAAGCUGAGCAGGCAGCCGAGGGGGCUCGUCAACUCCAGCAGAAGGUUGCUUGGGCCUAGGCAGCGAAAUGCAAUCACCACCUUCCUGGACGCGCCACCGCGGAGGCUCAAGUUUGAGCCUCUGGUUGACUGCCACAAUCGGAAUGGAUCUGACGAACGAAAUUCGGCUACUAAAAGGCAAGGUCUGCGCGGUGCUUACAACUACGGGAGACGGGCGUCUCACAUUAAGCCGGUGUCGAGGAAGAGGAAACGGCGGCGUAGCCUUAAAGCACAUUAUAUGGAGUUGCUGCAGAACUACCGCUCGGCUAAAAGAUUUGCAAUACGUAGGAGCAACAUCGAUGAUUCGGCGAUGGAUGUCGAUGGGGAAAGUGAAACCACAAAAAUGAAAGCCGUCUCUGCAUCCAGCGUGCACGGCAAAAAAAAGAAACGACAACGUAGACAUAGCAUAGAAGUUAUUGAGCAUGAACCUGCAAAUGAGGUCCAAAUACGCUUGCCAUUCUCCAGCUCUGCGGUGAAGGACGUUGGAGAUCUACCCGUCGCUUUCUUGCAGCGAAGCAGCCAACCUACCCACCCCGGACCUGUCGGGCACACGUCGCAACAACUAACUCUGUUAGAAGAGGUACCCAAAGAUGGAGCCAGGGGAGAAAUUAUAGCUUUGCCGAAAAACGCGCGUAUAGAGGUAGCCAUUACUUCAGGGAAAAAAAAAAUGCCCCCGUGCCACAAAAGCGGCAGAGAAAUUGAACCCGUGUUGCACAUGCCGAACGUUCCCUAUGGUGAAUAUAGCAACCGAAUGAGCAAACAGCUGAGGGUGGGAUUUUUGGGAAUUCCUGCCAAAAUGUUUGCGCAUUCUUUAUUCUAUUCGGGACGGUUCUGCAAGAACAACCGUGUACGCAGGGUUGCUGUCACCAUCGCAAACUCAACAAAGAUCAUGAUGCCCCAACCAAAUAUGCUUUACGCAAGGCUAUUUGAGCACGAUGUUGUAUCUAUAUUCGGAAGGUUCAGAACAUACAACUGGCAACGGACACUUGAUCAUCCCCCAGACAGACACGGUGAGCAGCUUCUGAAAAAGUAUACCACGGAACUUGCUAAUUCCUCAUCGAAAAAAUUGAAGCCGGCGCCGGAUACGCGCGCAAUAGAAAUAUUGGCUGGUUAUGUGAGCUUGAAACUCAGUCGAGGAGAAGGGAAACAACAGGGGGCACUGGGCACCACCAAAAUAUUGUUCAAGAGUAUCGAGCAGGUAGAUCCAAUCACACGUCAACAACAUCUGGCACAAUUCCACAACACUCCGCCCCCUCCGCCGCAACCGCAACAGCAUAUGUUUAUGCCACCUAUGCAAACUAUGCAGAUGGCGGGGCACGGAGUGUCGCCGCAUGGCGCUGGGCAACCAAUGAUGCUGCAUCCAGUGAUGCCGCCUCCCAUGAACAUGGCGCCCAUGCCGACCCCCCAAAUGCCCCAUAUACCUAUGCACCACGGUUCGAUGGCUCAAGGAGGAAGGACUCCAGGAUCCGCCACGCCAGGAUCAAUGACACCACUACCUAACGGCGCUGGACAAAUGAUGCCUCCCACCAUGCAGCAAGGGCACAUGACUCCAGGUUCAUUGACACCACGACAAAUGGCUCUCAUGAAAAUGCCGCCGGGAACAAUGGUGGCCGGCGGAAUGCAACCUGGGCAAAUGACACCAGUUGGAAUGCAACCUGGACAAAUGACACCAGUUGGAAUGCAGCCAGGUCAAAUGGGGCCUGGAAAAAUUCCGCCCGGCACAAUGCCCGGUAUGCCACCUAUGCAGCUACAAAUGCAGAGCAAGGCGGCGGCGAUGCAAAUGCAUCUGGAGCAGCUGAAACGCCGACCGCCAAUGGCCAUGCCUGGCAAGCGCAGACCCAUGAUGGCGUAUGAGCAAAUGUACCAGCCGCAAGUCGCACCGCCACCGUUCAGGUACAGGCCCAUGCCGGACGUCAACAUGAUGAGGAUGCCGAUGUACCCCAUGGCCAUGUACAACAAGCAAAUACCCUAUCCCAAGACCCACGAUGACCCGUACAGGUCGCCACACAUGCAACGGUAA